AUGGAAACCCUAUGUUCCAAAUCACCAUGUUCUUCAGAUACCUCAGAAAUCUCAGCAGCCUCAGAAGAAACUGAUCAAAACAAAGGCGGUAUCGGGGAAAAUAUGAUCAUGGUCAAACUGAAAGAGAAAGUACUUGUUGUUCAAGAAUCUCAUGAGUCCAACCAGCCUAAAUCAUCAGGUUUACAUCUUUCACUCAGUGAGAAGUUUUCUGCGGAUGAAUCAAUUCAUGGUUCCGAGGUGGAACUCAAACUUUCUAGUUUGGGAUCAUCUCAAGUAAAGCAGCAGCAACCUCAGUCAAAACCUAGGGCUUUCACAUGCGGGUUUUGCAAGAAAGACUUUUUAACAUCUCAAGCUCUGGGAGGGCAUCAAAAUGCGCAUAAACAAGAACGUGCACUAGCCAAACGACGUAAAGAGAUUGAUUUAGGGGCUUUGGGGCAUCGACAAUGCCCUUAUUACUCCUAUCCAGGCCUCUCUCAAGCCUCACUCAAUGGAUCUUUCAACGGUGCUCUUGGGGUAAGAAUGGAAUCGAUGAUUCAUAAGCCUACUUCUGCUUCCCCUUGGACCACCCUAGGCUACAGUUUCGGCCAUGGAGGAAUCAAGAUGGAUAGCUUCCAGGCUCAGAAGAAUAGCAGUUUUUCAACAUCUAUGGCUGCAUCAGCUUCAACUAAUAUUGCAGCAAAGAAGCCAACUACAAGCAAUAGUGAUUUUCUUCACCCAAAAAGGGAUUUUUCAGAAAGUGAUCAUCAUCGUCAUGAUGAUGAUUCAGGACUUGAUUUGUCUCUUAAGCUUUAA